AUGACAUCGAUUGACGGCUGCCGCCCCUUACGAGAUGCCCACCAGUGGCUUGGUGAGAGAUGCAUUACUCUCUUUCCCUGCCUUUCUGAUCCGGGUAUGCGCCUCUUCCAUCUCGCGCUGUGCUGUUCUCUUUAAAAAAUGGGUUGCUCUUUGAAGGUGAUAUUUUCUCACCGUGGCAUUUUUGGGCGGCAGUGAGGAGAUCUUCACUGGGCCUCAUGGUGGCCCUGUUGUCCCUUCACGUGAUCACCGUGGGAUUUCUGUUUGCCUUCGACAGAGAUUUGAUUCGUAGUAUCGGAAGGAUGACUUGGUACACUUUAUUCCUUCUAUCAUUGGGCUUCUCUUUUGUGGAUCGUUCCUUUGUCUUGUUCCGGAUGGAUUAACUUAUUGCCUUCUGGCAUUAUGACUUUUAGCAUUAUAACUGAUGCGAAGAUCCGAUUUUUAUUUUUUUCCCGUUAUACUUACUGGUGCUUUGAAAAUUUCAAAAAUCCGUUGCUUGCAAGCGUGUUAAAGGGUUACUGAUAAAAAGAUAAGAAAUGGAUAAGGUUAUGAAAUUCUAAUUCCAGGGAUUUUCUAGGUUUGCUACUACCCAGUUAGUUCGCUUCCAAGCAAAGGCCCAAUGCAAUCAGGUUCUCUACUGAUUGGGCCAUAUACGAGAGGGGAAUCUUAGCCAACCGUGUCAAGGAGCCUUAGUUAAGCAUGUUUGUUUUUUUUAUAGGAAUGAAAAGCGACGUUCUUACCAUUCAAUCUCUGAUUUUUAACUAGUUUAGCUUGGAAAGUAAAGUGAAUUUAUUUAAUAUGAAUCUAAUUAAUCUAAAACUGACAGCACCUAUUCUCUUUGUAUGAAUUCUUUCAUUCUCGGUUGGCAGUGUGACCCUUCCUUUGCAGGCCAGGCACUCUAAUAGCGAGGUGUUUUCAGUACGUUAUCCACCUAAAUGAAUUGCAUAUAUGAGACAAUACCUGAUCCAUGGGAUAAGGUUUUAUGACGACAGUGACACUAUAUAAUAUAUAUAUAUGUAUAUAUAUCUAUAUCUAUAUCUAUAUCUAUAGCUACAUAUAUAAGUUGAGAAGACACCUACAAUGAAAGGCGCUGGGCUUUGUUUCUUGAGGACUCGGAACUAUGCUUUUUAUUACCCUUCUUUUGUGGUGUUUUAUUCAUCAUACAAACAAGCGAAUACAACCUACGACGAACACUUGAUUUCCCCUUAGCUUAUGAGUGACAAACACUAAAUGAAAAUGACGAAUGGGAAAUUAAAACUUUAUGAUCAGUCUGAAAGAGAAAAUUCUGCAAAUUAUCUAUGCUAUGCACCCUGAACCACCAGCUUGUUGUUGAACUAUGUUUUUCCUAACCUGGCCCCUUCUUUUGAGUGAACUCCUUCGACAGAUUAACUUAUAUCUAGUUUCUUGCAAUUGCAUCAUCUAAAAUCCAUGUUUCUGAAGAUUUACCUUAUUUAGAUCCAUUAAUGUUGUUGAUAAUAUUGCAGACAAGAGAGUUUGACGUUUUUUUUAAUCUUUUUCCUGCCAUUUAUUUCAUUGUCCUCCCAUUGGAAUAAAAAAACGCUCGGUAGGAUGUCAUACUUAUUUUAUGCGCUCAACUCAUAUCCCUCAAUGUUUUUUUAGGAUUCGAAUUUCUCCCCAUAUUCACCUCCUUUUCUUUGAAGACAUCAUGAUUUGGAGAUUAUACUCUAUUUUUCACGUAAAUAAUAAUUUCAGUUCUUUAAGUAGGAGCGACUCUUUUAAAAUUUCUUAUAGCAUCGCAUCCUAUUCCUGUCCUGUUUCUUAUUUUAAAACGUAUAUGAUUAGAUUGUCCGUUUUCCUGGACUUUGGAGCAGGGAAUCUUGCCUAUUAAUAUGUUUCUCAUCCAUUAUCAAGUGCCCUCAUUGAUUCUUGUGGAUGGAGAUCCUCUUGGUUCUUUAGGUAUCUCUCAGUGUUCCAUCUGCAUCCUUCAGGAACCCCGGACGGGUAAAAUGUUUCCCCAUACAGAUACUUUGUCUUGGAUGAUCUUCCCCUCGCAAACAUAAAACAUGAAAAAGCCAUUCAGGGUGCAUUUUUGGAACUAUGCAUGAGCGAGUUGUCAAGUGGACGUGCAUUGAAAUUUAUGAAGACUAGACUCUAGGGUAUUGUGUUCAACUUUUUAAGGAACUCACGGUAGGAUCUCGUAUGGGUAGAAAUGCUAUGAUGCUGAAGUAUGCAUGCAGUUGUAUAUGAAUAAGAAAUAAGUGCCUCUGGUAUCCUGAUUCUUGCUUAUCAAAAUUCGCUGUUUCUGCCAUGGGUUCUUGUUGAUACUUUACGCCUGUGUCUCUAUCCCACUAAUGAUAGAUGGAAAAUGAUUUGAUUGAACUUUCUCAUACUUGAUUGAGAUCUUUGAUCGUGUAAACCUUCCACGAGAUCAGCUUCUGAUCAUAGAAAGGGCUGGAAGCGGAACAAAAAUCGUUAUUCUAGGUUACCGGUUAUCUGAACAUCUGUGAUGGUCAUAUUUGUUGAAAAGCAUGAACAAUGAUUGUAACUUCCAUGUGAGAUUAUUAAAUUGGAAAUAGUUUGCAAAUGGCCAAAUUAGGUACAUGCAUUUUGAAUUUAUUAAUGAAUCUGUGCUUGUAGUUUUGAUACUUUUCUAUAAUACUGAACCUGGUAAGAAUUGUACCAGAUGAGGCGGAUUGUCUAUGAACAUUCACAUGGAUGCUUCAUUAAAGCAUUUGACUUUUUCGCUUUGUAGCCACAAUGUACACUUGUAGUACAUUGAUUCACAUCCUUGUUGGUGUCUGUGAGAGCGGAUAGUGACCUCAUACAUUAUGUUUUCUUUAAUAGUGAACUAAUCGAGCUUUUUUCAUUGCAGCCAGAAGAAUUGCCCAAAGCUUAUUAGAGUUGACUAAUUAUUUUUUGAUGAAACCAUUUUAUCAUUUCUACAUUUGUCAUUCUUUUGUUUGUUUGCUUAUCGGUGCACUUUCAAAUCUUAUUUUUCCUUCACUAAUUUUUCAGGUACAGUGUUUUGUACCUGGUGCUGUUUGUAGUGGUGUUGAUUCAAUAUUUCUUUACCUCCGGCUCCUCGCCAGGGUAACCUCUAUCCUUCAACUAGAAACUUUAGUUUUGGCAUAUUUUUUCCGUGUUUCAUGAAUUCUGCCUUUUGUAAUUUUUCUCCAUUUUUAUGCCACAUUUAUUUUAAUUGUUCUAGAUCAACUUGUUGACAUAUAUAGCUAUCAUAAUCACGUUAUUGUCCUCUGGAUUUUUUUGUCUGAUUGGCUCGUUUGACGAAUUUGUUAUUUCUCACCUAGGUACGUGAUUGAUGAAAUGAACGCCGGAAAUGAACCACAUGCUACAUUUUCAACAUCCAGGACCUCAAUGUAAUUUCCCUGUUUGGUUAUCAGAAGUGGAAAAGCUUUUGGUUUGCUGCCAGUUCUUAAUUUUGCAGUAGUAUUGAAUAGUGGUAAUGUUAGUUACUGUCCCAUUCAUUUUUUUUCUGAUGAUCAAGCAAAGGCAAUCAGCUGCGAGAAGAAAUGACAGCCCAAUUUCUCCGUUAGAGUCCUAUCAUUUGAGAAAAAACAUCACUCGAAUGAAUUCUGCUGCUUGGACAAAAUUGGUGACAGAACUUUAUCCAUCGUGGCUGACAAGCAGGUACUUGUAAAAAUUCUUCUAUAAUCCCUGGACAAUAGUCUUUGACCAUGAAUACACGACUUCUUAAAUGAAACGUAGUAAUUCGUUCUAAUCUCGUGCAAUAUUCUGCUGUGUUUGUCUGAAUUGAACGUUUCUGUCAUCCGAGCUUGCUGGGUUUGAACAGUUCACUCUAUUUUUACUGAUUAUUUGUCAAGUUCUUGUUGAUUGACUUCCAUUGCUUCUCUUAACCUUACUUAUGUCUGACAUUCCAGAAAUUACCUUUUUCUCCUCCCCCCAUAAUACCUAUUUAUAGGGGGAAGAAGAAGAGCUGGCCAAGUAGACCACGGUUUCCUAAAUCUUACACAUCAUCAUCGCUGCCAAAACUAUCCGUUGCUUGUUUAUCUAGGAUAUCUUUAGUUUUCUCUGAAUUAAGAUCUACAUAACUCCGCUCCCUUUCGAAUCUUGCUAUGACCGCAGUUUAAGAGGAUUGUGAAGCAAUGACAAUGUGUGCUGCGGUAUGAAAAUGGAUCCGGAUACCCUAUAAAUAUCCAUCACUGUGGAUACAUAUUUUGUAUGAGAGUGUGUGAAAAAGAUGGCCUUCGGUUUUUGGGAGUUGGGUGUCUAGAUGAGUUCAACGUGGGAGACUGGCAACACAUAUUUCUGCAUGAUCAUGCUCAGCAAAUAAAUGACUUGCGUACCAGCUGCUCUUUAGAGAUAUAUGCGCACUACUUUUAACUGAAAAAUAUCAUUUUUUCAUUUAAGUUUCAUCUAGUAACUUCUUAAAAACUCAUUUGGUCACAUUCAUUGAAUUUUUUUUGUCGAAUCAAACUUAUAAAGUUAGGUCAGAUCAAUCCUUUUUGUCGGUUUUUUUUUAAUUAUUUACGUUUUCUCAGAAAUCUCCAAUUUUUUUGAGAAUCUCUUUCAAGCCUUAAGAAGUAUGUUUCGUGAUGAUACCACUAAACCAUUUAAAAAGAUAACAGCAAAAACAUUCCAUCUAUGAUUUUGUAUAAUUCGGUUGGAACCACUUUCUCCUGAUUACUUCCUAGUGAUAGAUCACUAAUAUGGGUUCAUCAGUAGGCUUGAAGUAAAAUAACCGGAGAGGAAGGAGAUUUUCUGUGGAUUUUUAAGGGUUUAGUGCCUUGGAACCGAUUUCUUAAGUUUCUGAAGGAAGAAAUUUAACGUAAAGUUACGUUUCUAUGUUAAAACCACGUCCCUAUUACUAUUUCCUAUACCAGGCAAUUUGACCAUAUUUCCUCUGCGUUGGUUAUUUUGUCCCUUAUACAUUUUCGAGGACUGUGUCCAUAUAUCAUAACAUCCAUUUGAUUUCUUUGUCGUCCAUUUCUGAAAUAGAAUUAUGCGCAUAAUUUUUCCUUUCUGAAUGGCAGGAAUUGGACUUGCGCACAUUGCAACAUUGUUCAGGUAAUACUUGACCUAACUGUUUUACUUUUUUUUUUUAUCUUAUGCGUUCGAUUCCACCAAUUGCAAGCUUACAAUGUGAAUAAACUAAUUAAAAUAGUCGAUAGGAUACGGACAUUGAAAACUUAUCUGUGCUUGUGCAUGGUUUAUCUAUGUACUUUUUUCUUUUGAUGAUUCCAAUUUUGUUUUUCUCAUGAACUGCUCCCAAUUCUCCCUUUUUCUCUCUCCCUCUCUUUCGCUCUCUCGGACACAUACAUAAACACAAGCACGCAGAAAAUUAAUCUGUUCAUAAAGAGAUGUUUAACUUGGUUUUGCUAUAUCAGACGAAAAUAAUUCCUUUCAAACAUCUAUCUAUCCCUAUUAGUUAAUGAUUCUAUUACUGAGAAGGCAUGCAGCAAGAAUGUUGUACAUCAACUCUAACGAGAAAUAGAAGUGAAUAAUCCUCUCUUUCCCGAUUAAAUCCUCUGCUUUGGUUAUUGCUUUUCGUUUGGUAAUACAAUGUUAGAUUUUUCAUCUUCAUUUAAAUGAAUUUAUUGAGUGAGUUCUCUUUUAUACCUUGCUAAAGAAAGAGAGCUUUACAAGUAGUUUCUCCCCCAGAUGUCUGGGCUGCCCUUAACUUUCUGGCAUAGAACCAAGAAUGCUGCCUUGAAUGAGACAAAUGUGACUAUGAGCUAAUGAGGUAGGGCGACAUGAUUUAUUCGUUUUUCUACAAGCGGUGGUUUUUCAUUUAUGUUUUUCCUGGGACAUUUUCUGUGAUCCACCUUAUUCACGAUCAACAUUAGAGUUAUAAGCAAAAAGACCUGUAAAUUCAAUUGCAGUCAAAAUUUACUUUCAUUUUUAGGUUUGAGAAGGUGACUGAAGCAGUAAGUUAUUGCCUUGUGUGUAGAUGAAAAGGGGAUUCCUGAUGUAAGUAUAUUAUACAUAGUUUUUUAUACUAUAGUAAAUAUAUAAUUUUAAAUAGGAUACAUAGAUUACAUUUUUGAAUGCUAUAAUACAUUAAAUAUAAAAUUAAAAAGAUACAGAAGAUAGAUUAAUUUUUAAAACUAUAAUAAAUAACAUAUAUUAAUAAAAAAGAUAUGUAAGAUAUAUUAAAAUCAUAAAAAUGACAUAUUAUUUGAUUUUUGAAUAUUAGACUGUUUGCAUUUUAAUGAAAUUAUAAAAAAAUCACAUUUAAAUAAUAUACACAAAUUAUCAAAAUCCAAAUAGUUAUUCAUUCUUUCAUAAAUAAAUUAAAUCUAAUUACUACUUGAUGAAGCUUGUUCCAAUCAUCAUGAAAGACAAACAUGCAUCGUAGAGGACAAUGGGAUAAUAUGAUGAGGAGACUAGGUAAUGCCAUUCAUAAAUAUGUUAUACAUACAUUUAAAUACUAGAAGUAAUUAUUACAAAUUAUUUCUACACAAUUGCAGCAGAUGUAUACUGUAGUUUAGGAUCAUAAAAUCGAAUAUUUUAGUAACUAUUACUUGUUUAAUGGAAUGAUAAACUUAAUAAAAUAGGGGUAAUGCAUAUAAAUAAGUUCUGGACAUAUGAAACACUUUCAUUAUUUUAAAUAUUAAAAAGAUAUUUUUAAGUUGAUUUAACGCAUAAUGCAUGUGUUUUUUAUUUCUUGUUCAAUUUAUGAGAAUGCACGGUGUUUGAUUGUGUUCACUAAAGAUGUGAUGAAGUGUUACAAUUCCUUUGUGUAGGUUAUGUGAACAUGUGCCUUAUUGCCCUUGCUCACCAAUGUGACGCUUUAGUCCAUGUGAAUAGCCGUCACAUUCUGGCCUCUACAUAAAGGCAUUUUUCUUUCUCAAAGUGAUGUAUAUGUUUUAGGCAUGAGACGUACACAUCACAUUGACAUACACAUCCUUGCCUUUUUUUGUUGCAAAUCUCUGUUUUUGAUGUCUGAAUGUGGCCAUUGUGGUGUUUCUUUGAAAGCCAAGUAAAACAUGUUAGGAGCGAUUCACUGAGAAAAAUGCAAAAGAUAUUCCACAAAGAAACCAUGCCUGAAACAUGCACAUUACUUUGAGAAAGAAAACCAUCCUGAUACAAAGGUUGAUGUUCGUCCUAUGACAUCAAUUAUUUGUCAGUUGCAAUUUUUAGGAUAUUUUUUGUAUUUUUUGGUUUGAUGAUGGCCUUCCACGUAUCAAUUAGAUGCAACAUGAUGUGUUUGUACUGUAUCAUUAAUUUAUCGUCUCACUUACCCAGUCUAUUUUGGUUGUAUCAUCUCUCUUAAUGACUGUGUAUAACAUUAAUGUGUUUUACUCAUAAAUUUCCCUUAAAAAAGAUCUCAAUUAGCCCUUGGCUUCUGUUGCAAAGUUAUCUUUUCAAUUUUUUAUUUGAGCCAAUCCCUUUGUUGAUUAAAGCCUAUAUCUGAUGAGAUUGGUGGUAAUUGGAUUAUAGUUCGUCAGACAUGAAUACUUAAUCAUCUUAUGAUGCUUUGAAGCUCCAUUUGUUUGUUAUUCUAUUCUAUAAUGCGUGUUUCUCAUUCAGGUGAUGCUUAUUUGUCGCUUUACCUUUAAUGUUCAACUUGGAAGUUUCAACGGGUAAUUUAUUAAUUAUACUUCUCUUAGUUCAUUUCUGGGGUCUUAACAUCUUCUUACACUUUUCAGCCUCCGCGCUCAAAGCAUUGCCAUGAUUGUAACAAGUGUGUUCUUCAAUUUGAUCAUCAUUGCUUGUGGCUGGGAACCUGCGUUGGUCUAAGGAAUCAUUGCCGUUUCUGGUAAGUUCAAUUUAUUCACAUUCUCAUCCAUAAUUUUGCUCAGAAGCUAAACUGUGACCUGGUUUUUUUUUUUUCUUUUUCUUUUUCUUUAGAUGGAUAGUGACUUGUUUUCGUAUGUUCACGUUCACAUCUGGCCAAUACAGUGUUUUUAUCCUAAAGGCCAAUUCAAUAUUUCCCUUUUUUUAUUUUUUUUAAUAUGGGUACCCCCUAGAUAUUGGUCUAGAUGUCUAAGAGAACUUGGUUGGGGAUGUUACUGUCAUGAAAGAAGUUGAGACAAGAGCUUUGACGCUUUCUUGAUGGUGGAUUUAUAAAACUGGAGAAGCUUGGCAUUUUUUAUCAAGCUGCAGUCGAAGUCAGAUAAAUAGUUCUGAGAAAAUUUGCUUAAAACAGGCAAAUUUUUUUUAUUUUUUUUCUGUUCAACUGUUUUCAAUCAUUGUCAAGGGCUGCACUUUCAUUACAUCAAUGAAGAUUAUCUCAAGAAUCAGAGACAGCAUAUCCAGAGAUGAGAUUGUGAACAAUAAAGUCGAUUAUUUUACAUUAGAAAGAUGCUGUAUCAUGGGGAAUUUGAAUUGGUGUGCCAUUGGCGCAGAUUCCACUACAAUGGCAAUGGCUGGUCAUGAGAUGAUGUAUUGAAUCACAGAUUUGCCUCCAUACGCUCAUCUUCUUUGCAGUGUUGCUUGGCCUUUUCUUACUUUAUGACAGAAUUUUUUUGCUACAUAUCCCAUCUUGAUUCCUGAAGCAUUACACAGCAUUACUGAGCAUGUGGGCAUCAUGAUCUUCAAGUUCUGUCUUGAAACAGAAUAAUUUCGGUUCUUGCACAUGAAAAACAUCACGUUUUCCUGUAAACCUACGAUCCUUGUAACAGGGAUUAUAUCGCAUUACGUUCAGAUCAUUUAACCUGAAAGUGGUGUUGUAGGUGGUAUCUUUUUGAAGAGACCUUGCUGUGCAUGUGGACGAUUAUCUUGUACUACUUCUUUCUGAGGUCGAAAUUCGACAAGGCAUGGUAUGGAUUGAUGUGAUCUAAUGUGAUUUCAUUGGGUCAUAGAACCAUGCCUUUUUUAGUAAAAUAAUAAUAAUAAAAAAGCCCAGAUUUAUUGUUGGUAUCUCAUGUAAUCUGCUUGAUCCCUUGCGAAAUUUGUGUGAUCAGGUGGAAGGAGGGGUUUGCUAUUAUCUUCCUCGCAGUCUUGAUCAUCUGCCUUAUUUUCCUCCUGCUGCUGCUGGUAUUUCACAGGUGAAGAUCUUCUCUGACCUCAAACACCAUACUAAACGGAGUGGUCGAUGCAGAUGAUGAUUAGAGUGGGCCAGCUUUGGUGAUUAGUUAUCCUUAAGAAAUUAUUACCGGAUUUAUUAGAGUGUGAAAAUUUCUUGAUUAUCUAUUCUGGGAAGAGGUGGCAUGUCGGGGAGGUCUCUACUGAGAUGGUUUGACCCAGUAAGAAGAGCGCGUAGGAUCCAUUUCUAGUCUUAGAUCACUCUCAGAGGGGAUAUGUUUCUGCUUCAUUUCUCUGGAGGGUGAUUCAUCAUCUCUCUUUCCCAUGCAGCUACCUCGUAAUGACCAAUCAGACCACGUAUGAGCUUGUGAGACGGCGAAGAAUACCAUAUCUUGAGUAAGACAAUACCAAGCUCUCUUCCCUCUCUCUCUCUCUCUCUCUCUCUCGCUAUUGCCGGCCACAGUGGCUUCAUGUGUUCUUACUGCGGCUUCCAGGAGAGUCCCUGAGAGCGUGCAUCCAUUCAGCAAAGGGCUGUGGGGGAAUCUGGUUUCCUUCUGCUUCCCCUGUGACAGGACGGGCCCCCUGGAACGGGUCCCCACAGAGGAGGAGCUGCAAGCGAAGGCGAGGCCCUACGCGUGCGUUGACUUCCUCCAUGGUCGGUGCUGCUGCUGA